GUAUAUUGACGUCAAGUUUACAGCAGAAUCUGGAGAGUAAAAUUUGACGGAAACUUGCGGUGAAUUUAACGUUAAGUAUUAUCUAUUAUCGCCGCCUAGUGGCAGAAAUAAAAAUCACAUGGAAUAUAUCGCUACCUACCGGCAGAAUUUAGCUUUCAAGUAGCUCUACCUAGCGGGAAAAAAUACAUUUUUUAAUUUCUGUAAAAAAUAAAAAAAAUGAUGGUAUUUGCUCUUCAACGUAACGAAAAAUAUAAUUAGAAAAUAUAGAUAUUAAAAAGAACUUUACAGUGAAUGUGACACUAGUGAUAUCUGACAUACGUCAGAAAUGCAUUCUCACAGAGACCGAACUUUACCUACAUUUUUGGUUGUUUUAUUUCUGUGGGGAAUAUGUGGGGAAUUAUCAUUUUUCUUUCCCCAAAUGUGGGGAAUUUCGACAAUGCGUUUGGGGAUUUUAGCAAAUUACUGUCGGCAACACUGAUUAUUUGACAGUUUUUUUUUGCCGUCAAUAAAUAAAGUCAAAUUUCAUGACGAAAGUUUUCACUCGGUUUUCUAUUUGGAAUUCAUAAUAAUCAACUUCGGUAAUAAUCUAAAAAAUAUUAUAUAAAUAAACACUUGAUGAGGAGGAUCAAGAUGCCUUUACGAAAAUACAUAGAUAUUGGAGCAAAUCUUACAGAUGAUAUGUACCAGGGAGUGUACCAUGGCUCGAAGAAACACGAACCUGAUCUGCAGAAGGUUCUGGCCCGCGCUUGGUCCAAUGGAUUGGACAAAAUGAUUAUAACAGGAGGAAGUUUAAGUGACAGUAAAAAAGCAAUUGAUUUAGCACGAAGUGAUUCAAGUUUAUUCGCUACUGUAGGCUGCCACCCGACGCGAUGUACAGAAUUCGUAGAAAACCCGGACACUUACUUAAACAGUCUUAGAGAUCUCAUAAAGCAGAACAAAGACAAAGUUGUAGCCGUAGGAGAAUGCGGCUUGGAUUAUGAACGCCUAAAUUUCUGUGAAAAGGAUAUACAACUAAAGUAUUUUGAGUUCCAACUGAAAUUGAGUCGCGAGUUUGAUCUUCCUCUAUUCCUGCAUUGCCGGGCAGCUGCAAACGAUCUGGUUGACAUCAUAGCGAGGAACCGUGACUCCAUAGUUGGAGGAGUUGUUCACUCAUUUGAUGGCACUCAAGAAGCUUUAGACAGUAUUCUAGCCCAUGAAUUGUACAUCGGAAUAAAUGGAUGCUCAUUAAGAACAAAAGAGAAUUUAGAAGUAGCUGCUAAAAUCCCCAAGGACAGACUAUUGAUUGAGACGGACUGUCCCUGGUGCGAAGUGAAACCCACUCACCCUGGCUUCGCCUAUGUCGCUACCAAAUACCCAUCAGUGAAGAAAGAUAAAUUUACUGUUGACUCCAAUAAUCAAGUGAAAGGAAGAAAUGAACCUGUCAAUAUUGUACAAGUCCUGGAAAUCCUCGCAGCCAUACGAAAAGAAAACAUCGACGAUUUAGCACAAGCUAUUUAUGACAAUACUAAUAAACUAUUUUUCACCAAAAAAAAGCAAUAAUGUAGGUUUAUAUUGUCUGUUUUACGCGAUAAAUAAAAACACAUAAAUCACUAACAAUAUUUUAUUCCAUUGUGACUCCUUACAGUAAGUUCUUACAACACAACAUUAAAUCAUUUUGUAUCUUAUUCAACACCAAAGUGGUCAACGCGACAUGUUGUGAUGAUUUUGAUAUAAAUGACCAGCCAUAUAUAUACAUUUCAUAGUAUAGAAAUCUUGUAAUAUUCUAAACAUGACAAUAACAAGAAUAUCGCGUAUCCCACUCUGGUGUAAAAAGUUCAUAGAAAUUAAGACCAAAUAAUAUUUCUAACAAAUUUCGAAAUUCAUUUCUCACAUUGACAUAAAUAGUAAAACACACGAUUUUCCAUCAACACAAAAAUAAAUACUUCAGAAAACUUAUCAUAGUAAGAUCUCAGUUUGAACAUUGUCUGAUAUUGACAACAAAAAGGUAACUAAUGUUGGAAAUUGAUGUAGAUGUAGUAUAAUAUGAAUUAAAUGCAUUACGGGAAUGUGUAAUCGAUUCAAACGCCUCACAAUCAAUUAUAAUACUAACACAAUUGUCAUGGAACAAUCCAAAAAUACGAUUUUUUUUUAAGAUUUCAAAAUAAUUAUUGCAUAAUAUACGAUGAUCGAUGAAACUAUAUAAUUUACAACUAAACAUUCGUUGUAGUCAUCAAUUGUGUGAUUAUUGUACUCGAUUAAAAAGAUUUAAAAAAAUAUAGAAGCAAAUAAAAUCAGUUUCGUCCAAAACGGACAGAGGAAUGUGACUUUACAAAAGUUAAUUUGUGCUUUGAAUUCUUAAACCUUUAAUGACUAAUGAUAAUUUCUGGAUUAGUCUUUAAAGAGUUGUGAAUGGCGUUAUGUUGGACCUUUGAAAUGGCUUUAAAAUCGGAUAUUGACUUUGGGGUAAAGUGAUACUGAUGUUGAUCCAUAUCGUGGGUGUGUGAUUUUGAUGUUAAAAACAA